AUGCUUGAUGCAAAAAGCAAACCCCAUGAAGCUGGAGUCACUGUGAAAAAACUUGACUACCAAUUCGACAUGAUGAGCAACGAAGAACUCGAGAAGCUCGCCCAUCCAGAAUUUUGGGACGAGCGCUAUUCGACGGCUGAGGCUGACACGCCGACGCACGAAUGGUUCCGGACGUUCGACGAGCUUUUGCCUUUCCUCGAGCCCAACUUGUUCGGGUCGCGGGGACCCUUGACCAACCCUAAGAUUCUUCACCUCGGAUCCGGGGACAGUACCAUACCACGAGACCUGGCAGAGCGUGGAUACAAUGAUCAACUCUGCGUCGACUUUUCCAAUGUGGUCGUAGAUCUCAUGUCCAAGAGACAUAGCGACAUCAAGGGCAUCGAAUGGAGGCUCCUGGACGUCUGCAAUAUGGACAGCGUCCCUUCAGGGUCCAUAGAUGUCGCAUUCGAUAAAGGGACUCUCGACGCCAUGAUCCACGGUAGUCCGUGGAGCCCCCCUCAGGACGUCGUGGAGAAGACUGCCGCUUAUAUCCAGGAGGUAUCCCGUGUCCUCAAAAAUGACGGCGUGUUCCUCUACGUCACAUACCGUCCCCAGCACUUCAUCAUGCCUCGGCUCAAUUGCCCAGGCGUCGACUGGGACAUUGAAGUCGUCGUCCUGGGAGGGGAUGCCAGCCUCCCUUAUCAUGGAUUUGUUGUGAAGAAAUUGACGUCAGCUGUCAAUGCAGAAGACCAUUCAGAGGGUUAA